AUGGGGAAUAUGGACGGGAAAGCCGUGGAGGAGCUGAGCGCUACCGAGUGCCACCAGUGGUACAAGAAGUUCAUGACGGAGUGUCCUUCGGGCCAGCUCACCCUCUACGAGUUCAAACAGUUUUUUGGCUUGAAAAACCUGAGUCCAUCAGCGAACAAAUACGUUGAGCAAAUGUUUGAGACGUUUGACUUUAAUAAGGACGGAUACAUAGAUUUUAUGGAGUAUGUGGCAGCCCUGAGCUUGGUCCUGAAAGGGAAGGUGGAUCAGAAGCUGCGAUGGUAUUUCAAGCUCUACGAUGUAGACGGGAAUGGCUGCAUUGACCGAGGAGAACUGCUGAACAUCAUCAAAGCCAUCCGAGCUAUCAACCGGUGUAACGAUACAAUGACAGCUGAGGAAUUCACAAACAUGGUGUUUGAUAAAAUCGAUAUAAACGGAGAUGGUGAGCUCUCGCUGGAGGAGUUCAUGGAGGGUGUACAAAAGGACGAAGUGCUGCUCGACAUCCUCACCCGCAGCCUGGACCUGACGCACAUCGUCAAGUUGAUCCAGAACGAUGGGAAGAACCCGCACGCCUCAGAGGAGGCAGAGGAGGAUGCCCAGUAG